GAAAUCCAAGAACAAACACCAAAACUCGGUUUAUUAUCCACUUUAUUCCGGUUAUUUCUGGUUCGAAGUACCAAUUUAAACCGGAAGGAGUCCGACAACAACAACAUCUCUGUCUCUCUGAGCCUCUCGAUUCUAAUCCAACCGAACAGAGUCACUAGAGAAGAGACAAUGGAAGAGACGACAUGGGAAGAGAGAUUACAAGCCGUGACUCACAUCCUCACAAACCCAACAACGGAACCAUCACUUCACUCUCAAUUCUUCAUCGGAAACCUAAUCCCAUGUUACAGCUCGUGGGAUUACCCUCCGAUCCUAUGUCAAUCACAUCUCCGUCGAUGGUGGUUCUCUCAAUUCCUCAAAAGGGCAUCGAGAUUGGGGCAUCCUGAUACAUCAUGGAGAUCGAAUUGCCCGUAUUUUCAGCCACCGCCGGCGAUUAUGGCGGCCGGAGUGGAGGAAGGAAAAUGGGGGAGAGAGGAGAGGAGAGAGUAUGUGAGGAAGAGGCUGAGGAGGAAGAAAUUGGUCAGCGAAGUGAAUCCUUUGAUUACUCUUGUAGCUCCGAAUCUGCUUCUGUUUACUCUCUUGUUAUGGGAUCCUAUUCCUGAGUAAAUCGAUGGAUCUUCUCUGUGAUUCUGUAUAAACUGAUCUUUAAGCAAUAUUUUUUUUUAAAAAAAAA